AUACAGCGCGAUACUAACACUCUGACCACCUCUACUCCGUGUGCUUCUCUGCACAGGUCCCGUGCACCCUGGACGCGAUCUUCCCAGAUGUCCUUCACUCCGGCACCGGGACACCACAGACCCUGGGUGCAGCAGCAGCGGAAGACGCGAGCCAGGCCCCGGCCGAGGACCUCGCCCCCUCCGCCGCCUCCGGUCUUCGAGAUCUCCACCCGGAACCGCUUCGCUCCCCUCCGCGAGAUGGAACGCGACACUGUGAUCGUCGGAGACUCCAUUGUCCGGUACGUACGUGCUACUUUAGCUAAAGGUAAAGUCCACACCCAGUGUUUUCCUGGUGCUCGCGUUCUCGAUGUUUCUGCGCAGAUACCCGCAAUCGCGAUCGUCCUGCACGCGGGGGUGAACGACACCAAGCUGCGGCAGACGGAGGUUCUGAAGAGGGACUUCAGCAGCCUGAUCGAGACGGUUCGCAGCACAUCGCCUGCGACGAGGAUCAUCGUGUCAGGACCGCUUCCCACGUAUCGACGUGGGCACGAAAGGUUCAGUAGACUUCUUGCUCUAAAUGAAUGGUUAUUGACAUGGUGUAAAGAACAGCAACUGCUCUUUGUUAAUAAUUGGAAUCUUUUCUGGGAACGUCCUAGGCUUUUCCGUGCUGAUGGCCUGCACCCCAGCAGAGUCGGAGCGGAACUGCUGUCGGACAACAUCUCCAGGACGCUACGCUCCAUUUGACUAGAAUUCACAAGCUCCAGUGUGGAUCCAGAACACUUAAGAAGAGAUGAUGCCAACCCCACAGAGGACUUCAGAUGAUGCCAACCCGAAUUCUGCUACUAAUUUAUAGUGUUCUUUGUCUGUUUGAUUACGUCAUUAAUUGAUCUUUACCACACAUCUCUACCAUAUGUACAUCAAGCUACUACUACAUAUAUUGUAAAAAUGUCAAUUUGGUGUAAAGCUGCUUUGCAACGAUAUGUAUCGUGAAAAGCGCUAUACAAAUAAAU